CACCACACAAUAUGGUAAAUGAGACGUAGGGAAAACUACAACACUAACACAAUGGAUGGGGAUGAUGGAAAAGAUAGUAUUGAUGACAUUUAUAUCAACUUUGAUACUGUAAGCAGUGAAACAGGAAAAGAAACUGCAGAUUCUAAUACAACAAGAACCAAAUCACAUGAAAUCACAGUGAAAGAACCCGCGAGGAACAGAAGUCCCAGAUCAGUUCUAGUGUGUUUGGUGGUGCUGUGUGUUCUUCUACUGACGGCAGUCAUAGUGCUGUGCGUGAAGCCCAAUCUAGAAAGAGAUCAGCUAAUACUCAAGAUCAACGGUCUGACUGAAGACAAAACAAAUUUGUUUUCCAAAUGUGAAAAUCUGACCAAUGAGAGAGAUCAGCUAAAACGGGAGAAAGCUGAACUUCAGACGAGUCUCGGAAAAAUGGAUGGAUGGAUUUACUAUCAAUCCCAUUUUUACUUCAUUUCAUCUGAGUUAUUGGGCUGGUCUGAGAGCAGAAGAUACUGUAGAGAGAGAGGAGCAGAUCUGAUCAUCAUUGACAACAGAGAGGAAGAGGAUUUUAUUUUGAAAACGCCUGGUACUUACAACAGCUGGAUGGGUUUGUCCGACUUUGUUGUGGAUGACAGAUGGAAAUGGGUUGAUGGCAGCGCACUGAACUUUACCUUCUGGAGGUCUGGAGAACCCAAUGUUACCAAAAACAGAGUAGACUGCAUUUUAUCCACUACAGCAGGGUGGGCUAUGUAUCCAUGCAAUUAUGGUUUUAAAUGGAUCUGUGAGAAAUUAUUUUCAAAAUGACUCAUUACAGUGAAAAUGAAUGCUAAAACAGACUUGAAACAUCAACUCUUUUAAUGUAUCUUAUGUUGAUUUGUACAAUAAACAGAUAAACCUUUAAUAAUGAACUAUUCCCACUACACAAAUGUUUCUUCACUAUAUAGCAUUUCGGAUCAAAAGUUUAUAAUCACUAAUUUU